CUUCUGGUUGGUAUAAUUUUGGAAGAACUGCCACCAGAGCUCAUGACUCCAAAAUUAUCAGAAUUCUUGAACGGAUUGCCAUGACGUCCACCAUUGCUCCUGCUGCUGCUACGUUUGUGUGCUCGCCGUCAUCCACCGCCGGAGGCAAAAAAGCAGCCAGAUUUCGUCGCAAAGACCCGAAGUUUCAGCUCUGCUCAGUGGUUCCUCCACUGGGUCUCAGCCCUUUCGCGCCAUGGAUUGGAUUGAAGCAGCUGGGCAUCUCAUUGGCACCGAAGUCUUUGAAAUUAGAGAGGAGGGGAAGGUGUAAGGGUAUGGUGGUUUAUGCAUCCCUGUUUGGGGUUGGAGCUCCGGAGGCUCUCGUUAUUGGCGUUGUGGCUCUGCUGGUUUUUGGUCCCAAGGGACUUGCUGAGGUUGCUCGGACUUUAGGAAAAACUUUGCGUGCUUUUCAACCCACCAUUAGAGAACUUCAGGAAGUUUCGAGGGAUUUCAAGAGCACCCUAGAAAAGGAGAUCGGUCUUGAUGACAUUUCUAGUUCAUCAAUAGAUGCAUUCAAUGGCAAGAAAAUGGACACGACUUCAACCCCUUCAUCAACUACCACGACUGGAGAUUCCAAAACCACGAUUAAAGAUUCCAAAACCACGGCUGAAGAUUCCAAAACUGUAGACAUUUCAAGUUUAUCAUCAAUAGAUGCGUACAAUGCCAGAAUAAUGGGCAAGACUUCAACUUCUUCAUCAACUGCGACGGCUGAAGAUUCCAAGAACACGGCUGACACCGAUGGGGCUCCAUCACCACCCAAAGCAUACACCACAGAAGAGUACUUAAAGAUCACAGAGGAGCAGCUAGCAGCUGCCCAAAAGCAGGCGCAGGUGUCUGCUCCUGCGGAAAGUGAGCUUGAACCUCAGACCUCAUCUCAAGGUACAUUGGUAACAGCUACUGUUGAAGAAACUGCUGUGGAAACGCCAUUACCCCAGCAACCUCAAACUGUUGAAGAAGAAACUGCCGCUAGAACGCCUUCGCCUCAACAACCUCAAAUUGAGACAUAAGAACAAAUUACAAUUGAUGGACGGACGCUUGCCAAUUGUUUAUAAAUCUCAAAGUUGAGACAUGAAGCUUUGACAGAGGAUGAAUGGAGCUGAGAAAUCCCACUUUUGUUGUUCCUUCUCAAAGAAAAUAUGGAAUUAGUCUAGUACGUAGAAUUUCUGUAUAAUUCAGUGUCCAAAAAGGUUUUUGCAAUCUCAUCUAGUAGCAAUAUCUUGACCUAGUACUAAUGUAGAUAUGCCAUUUUUUGGAAAGUGACAAUUUCGGCCUUUCUUUUCGGGUUUGUACCAUGAUGUCUUCAGCUUCAAAGACAAAUAUUUGAGCAAUUUUAUUCAAAGUGAAAGUAGUGUUGGAAAUUUUUU